AAAACCAAAAUAUAAAUUCUAAAUUCGUAAACAAUAUCAUUUUCUUCAUAUUCUCACAAAAACAGGAAAGUGCAAACCCUAACUUUCUAAUUUUCCUCCCAAUUCCAAGUUCCCAAUUCUCAACCCCUACAGACUGGAAAUCCCUAAUUGAAGCCGGUACACAAAGCAUCCAGAGCAAUAUUGUUCGCGUAUUGAUCGAAUAAUCUCAAGCAAGGUUUUGACAUAUUGGUAGUCAUCAUGAGAUUCAAGAAGAGGAGCAAAGUGGAGGUACUUAGCCAAAAGGAGGCGCCUGCAGGAGCUUGGCGCUGUGCUGUGAUUGUUUCUGGUAAUGGCCAUACAUAUAGUGUUAGCUAUGAUUCGUCUGGCAAGGACAGUCAGGCAGAUAUGCAGAGAGUCUCAAGGAAGGAUAUCAGGCCUUGCCCUCCGCCUGUCCAAAGAGUGGAGAGUUGGGCAGUUGGUGAUGUUGCCGAGUUGUUUGAUGAUGGUUUCUGGAAAAUGGUCACGGUGUUGAAGGUCUUGGAUGAAAAUUAUUACUUGGCUAGCCUACUUGGAUCUUCUGAGGAGUUAAGAGUCCACAAGUAUAGGAUCCGGGCGCGCCAAUUAUGGAAUAAUGGCAGAUGGGUUGUGAUCGGAAAGGGUCCCGAUAAUCAGAGGAGCUCGCAAGUCCCACAAAUGAAUGUAAAAAUAAAGUUACCCAGAGGAAAUGGUUGUUUACCUCCUAUGUACAACAUCAGUUGUCAGGAUUCCCAUAGUGUUUCAUCUGGAUCAUUGAAGAGAGCUUCUCCAGAUAGCUCUUCUAUUGAGGGAUAUUCCCGAAAGGUGAGGGCAAUUGAGAAGGGGUGCGAGCGUCAACGUGUUUUUGCUGGGUCCCCAUCUUACUUGCUCAAAAAGGUAGAUGCUGUUGCUUACCCGCGUGAAAAUCUGGGUGAAAAAUACAUGCAUACUUCCUUUAUGAAUCGUACAACUGGAUGUUUUGAAAAGGAGAGGGAGAAGCUAAAUGGUGUUAUUUCUUGUUUUGUUGAAAGAAGCUCAGAACUUAAUGAUAGUAUUAAUGAUGCAUACUCUGUUGGUAGUUGCAGUGUUAUUAGUAGCAGUUCAAAUAAGUUGUCUGGUCAUUUAGUAGGUACUAGUCAAGAUGCAGAUACCCUUUCUAGUGAUGCAGAGACUUUUUGUUGCUAUGAAGAUGCGCAAGAAAACUUUUCCCUUCCUCUGAAAGAGGAUGUAGCAGCAGGAAUACAUAGGUUAGAAUUGAAUGCUUAUCGCAGUACUCUGGUGGCAAUGCAUGCUUCUGGGUCCUUAAGCUGGGAACAAGAAGCGUUGUUGACAAAUCUCCGUAUUUCACUUCACAUUUCAAAUGAUGAACAUUUGAUGGAAGGCCAAGGUUGGACCCUUGCUUGCCUUGCCUUGCUUCUAAAGGCCCAGAUGAUGCUGGGAUUUAUCAUUUUGGCGUGUACAGUGGGACAGUCUAUUUCCAAUUUUCUUGGUGUACGACUAUGUCACUAGCAAAUGAGGUGAUUCACGCAAGUAGAGAGAAGUGAAGGGAAAGAACUAAACUUGAUUCCGCCAAGAACUUCUUGGAAUUCAACAAGGAGGAGGUAUGGUCUUGGAAGGUUGCUUAUUGUUUGCGAUAUCUAACGCUCAAUUAGGCACGUGUGAAGUGUUGUGAAAUAUGAUUUUUCCAAUUGAAUUAAGAGUUGUGUGAGUGGUUAAAGCAAUUUGUAGUUAUCUCAUUUGAAAAAGAAGCAUGCUAAGUUGAUGAGCAGUCUGUAAUUAGAUUCCUGUUAUACAAUUGUUUGUUUGGAAUACUAUAUUGUAAUUGUGUAUUUGUUUGAAAUUAGCAAGAAAAUUACUCUGUUCACAUACACAAACAGGUACAACUUAUACAUGCAAAAAUAGUUAAGAAGUUCAACAAUAAUACCAUAUAGCUUUUCAAACAUUGGUGUAGCCAAGUUGGUUAAACCAAUGCGCUUUCCCUUUGCACUCAAGUUCGAAUGCUCAUAGUUUCUCUUGAAUUAUGGCAUAGAGCUUGCUUACAAUGUUAUUUUGGAACCGUGAAGACCCAGUGCUCCACGGCAUGUUCAACAACAACGUGCCAAGAACACUCCAAAAACCAAAUGCAAACCCUAAUCCCAAGCUCAUAUCGAGCCAACCGUCUUCAAGUAAACGACCAAUUCCCUCUUUUUGAUUACCCGAUGAAAUUGGACUUCCAACAUGGUUUAUGUUGUACUUCUCCAAUUGAUGUCCACAAAGUUUAUUGCCAAAGAAACUCAACCGAUCAAGACUAUGAAGCUGUGUGCCUUCUGGAAUUUGUUCUGUCAGAUAGUUGUAGGACAAGUUCAAGUUGCUUAGAAAUGUAAACUUUGACAUGCUUGGAGAAAUCUGACCAGUAAGUUUGUUCCUCAAGAAAACGAGAGAUUCUAACCAUCUCAUAUCACCAAUCUUUGAAGGGAUGUUUCCAACCAAAAGAUUUCCUUGAGGUUGGUCAGCUCUUCGGGUAUCUCUCCGGAUAUAAAGUUGCCUGAAAGGUCCAAGCUUUUCACCAAAGUAAGUAUUUUGUUGUACUCCACUUCUCUACCUUUUCUCACCAAGAUUGCUUUCUCUAUGUAGUUGUCCUCGAAAGUAGCAUAACCAAAAGCAUAUGAUCUAGAGGAGAACAAAAUGGGGUAUCCCGAGUU